CAGGUUCAUCAUCAGCUGCCUCUCCGGGCCUAAGUACAGAUGGGAUGCUUUUUUCCGUGGGGAUCAAUAUCAUCUUCUGCUUUCCUUCCCAUCCACACUCUGCUCUAUAGUUUUUGGAGGCAAUUCUUCACUCUUACCUCGCCAGUCCUCCUGUUGCAGCAACAAGUUUUGUCGCAAUCGAUUCCUUGUCUCGCUUGUAUCUACCCCCCAUACAGAUCUACUAGUUUGAAUUGAUGAAGUCACGUCCUCCUCAGCGAUCCCUGAAUCAUAUACAACCAAAAUUGUUAUAUCCGCUCAAGCGUCGUAGUCUGGUUGCUGCACUGCCUCCAGGCAGAGUACGAGAUCCGAGUGAGCCGUACCUAAAUCUUAUAGAUGGGCAUGUUUUCCGUCUAAUCUGAUCCAAUUUCAACCGCACAACUCCGUCCUCAGUCCUCCUCGUCCAUUUUACUUCGAAUACAUAUAACAACCAUUCGAUCGUCAAAGAUAUCAAUCCAGUCGGUGAUAUCCUUGCAGCGAUCAGCCGCUCCCUAUUAUCAAGUCCCCGAAUCAUCAGCGGCCGAAACCCAUUCCAAAUACUCUCCCCACACCCCUCCACAACACCAUCUCCUACGACGUCGCAACACACCUCCUAUUUAAGCCACACGACACUAGUUACUAGAUAUAUUACACACCUACGAUUUGGUACGUCAUACAUCACGUCCUUCCACCCCAAAUCUCUGCCACAUUGCACUGUUGUCAAAAGAAGGCGUUCUGUCGCAUUGGAUUUCCGACCACCACUUUGACGCAGUUCAACUCAGUGGAAAAUGGCUGACAAUGCUCAAACCAGCAGACGGACCAACACAACCCACCCUUGAGUUUCGACUCACACAAUCACAAAGACAUGUCUGCCCCCUCUCCCGUCGACCAAUAUGGCAAUAAACUCAGUGGAAGCGGAUAUGGUAGUAGCGACAAGUCAGAUAGUGGAAAGAGCCCGCUUUCAAUGAGCCUAGGUUUCUUGAAGAAUCUUACCGAGAGGAAACCGAAUCGCGGUAUGUAUUUGGAAUGACUUUAACUACUCGUCACUCAGCUGAUUCUGUGCAGUCGAUGGUCAGCCACCAAAAAGAAGAGGCCCCAAACCGGAUAGCAAGCCUGCGUUAACGAGACGACAAGAAUUAAAUCGGCAGGCCCAGAGGCAAGAAACACUCAUGCUACCCAUUAAUUCUACCACUAAUUCAAAAUAGAACCCAUCGCGAGCGAAAAGAAUUGUAUAUCAAAGCACUGGAGCAGGAAGUCCUCCAUCUCAAGGAGAAGUACACAAUGGUGUCUCGAAGCAAAGAUUCUCUAGCCGAAGAGAAUCGCCAGUUAAAACAAUUACUAGCUCAACACGGUAUACCAUGGACAGGCACCGGCGGAGUCGAUGAAUUAGCUCUGCAAGCACCCACAAACUACACAUCCAGCGGCAGUAUAUCAGGAAGCUACGCACCCGGUUCCCAAACCUACAGCCCACCACCCCUAACCCACUCCUCGAACUCGAAUCCCCUAUCAUCAAACCAGUCUCCACCAGUCAGCAAGAACGACCCAACCAACGACCGCAGAAGCAUGGCGCAGCAACAAGUCCAACCAAGUGUAGAUUAUGACCAAGCAGGCAUAGACUUCGUCCUAACGUACGCCAACCCCCAGCGAGCCUACCUAUCGCCUCCCCCCCAAAACAGCCAAAACUGACGCAGGCCCCCUUGAACCACGCAGACUCGAACGCCCAUGUAUGGACCACCUCGACAUCCUCGUCGAGCUCUCGAGCACCGACGGCGGCCCCAUGUGCGGGCACUCCCUCAUGGCCUCCUGUCCGCCCGCCAUCAAGAUCGAGCCUGAGAUGCCCUUUGGGCAUGGCCCCAGACAGAACACCGAUGCGCAGAAGACGUGGGAUUUGAGCAAGACGGAUUUGGCGAACUUGUUGGAUUUGAGUAAACGGCUGGAUCUGCAUGGGGAGAUUACGCCGGUUAUGGCUUGGGGGAUGAUUUUGGGGCAUCCGAGGGUUUCGGAGUUGAGGGUUGAGCAUUUUGAGCAGAUUGCUCAGGAGCUUGGGGGGAAGAUUAGGUGUUAUGGGUGAGUUCUUUUUCUUUUUCCUUUUCUUUUUUCCCGAUUUUACUCUUUCUCAAGUUUUGCUUUUUUGGUAUGUUGCUGAUACAUGUCCAGCUUUGGUGCCGUGUUGGAGGAAUUCGAGGUGAGAGAUGCACUGGCGAAUGUUUUCCAUGAUCAAUCGGAUGUUCCUAUGAUGUAUUGAGCAGUAUCUCAUGAGCGGAAAAACUUGAUGUUGGAUAUAUAGCUACAAGAUUGAUUACUGAUG